AUGAGCAACGAGAAUAUGUACACCAGCGAUUUAUUUUAAUCAACUGUUAUGAGCAAGUCCUAUUAUCAAGUGUUACAAGACUCAAAUUUAAUUGAAUCGUAAGUGUUACAGCCAGUUUGUUAAAUGGCAACAUCUUAAUAUAUGACAUAAUCUAUGUAAAAACCAAAGAAGAUGGAAUUAUUUCAUUAACUGGAUGAAGAGCAUGAUUCAGAAGAUGAAGGAAUUGAGGACUAUAAGAUUGGUGGAUAUCAUCCUGUUCAUGUUGGAGAGGUCCUAUAAAAUAGAUAUGUGGUUAUUCAAAAAUUAGGUUGGGGUCACUUCUCCACAGUAUGGUUAUGUAAGGAUUUUAAAUUUGAUACAUUUGUGGCCAUCAAAAUUUAGAAGUCAGCAGAAAACUACUUGGAAGCAGCUUAUGAUGAAGUUGAGAUAUUAUAAAAGGUGGCUUAACACGUUGGAGAAUAAAAAUGGUUGAAGAAAUUGAUUGAAUAUAAACCAAAUUAGAGAUUGAAUCGUGAUGAUACUCAUGUUGUUUAACUGCUCAAUUCAUUUGUAUAUAGAGGUCCAUAUGGUUGUCAUUUUUGUAUGGUUUUUGAAAUUCUGGGAGUGAAUCUAUUGGAGAUUAUCAAGAGAUAUGAAUUUAAGGGAGUUCCAAUGAGAUUAUGUAGAAAAAUAGCAAAGGAGGUAUUGAUUGGAUUAGAGUUUCUACAUGAUCAUUGUGGAGUGAUUCAUACCGAUUUAAAACCAGAGAAUGUUUUAUUAUAGUUAACUUAAGAGGAAAUAAGAGAUAUCAUUGAAAAUGGUUAAUUGACUAAAAAUUAGAUUUUUAAAGAAAGAUUGGAUUUUUAUCAUUAAUUAUUUGAUAUUAAAAAAGAAGAACCUAUUAAAUUAGAAGAUUCAAUAAAGACAGCUAUUCAUGAGGAAUCGAAAGGAAAUGAUUAGGUUUAAGAAAAUGAAUAAUAGAAAUUGACAAAGAAUCAAUUAAGAAAUCAACAACGAAGAUAAAAGAAGAAGUAAUAAAAAUAAUAGAAACUAUAAGAAAUAGAUAAGUAAAUAGCAGAGGAAGAAUAAUUUAUACAUAAGAAAGAAGAGGAGAUGAAAAUGGAAGAAAAAAGAGACCCUCAAACUAAUUUAUUUUAGAUUGAUAAUAAAUCAUUAUUUAAAUAAAUCUAGAAGAAUGAGUUCUCAGUUAAAGUGGCUGAUUUAGGUAAUGCUUGUUGGACACAUCAUCAAUUUUCAACUCUUAUAUAGACCAGACAAUAUAGAUCACCAGAAGUGUUAAUAGGUGCAAGAUAUAACACUACUGCUGACAUGUGGAGUUUUGCAUGUAUGCUUUUUGAGUUGCUCACAGGUGACUUUUUAUUUGAACCAAGAAAAGGAGCUAAUUUUUCAAAAAAUGAUGAUCAUUUGGCUUAGAUCUAAGAAUUAAUGGGUAAAUUUCCUUUGAAAUUUUCUUAAAGAGGAUUAAAGUCUAAGAGAUACUUUAAUAAGGAUGGGAGCUUACAAAGAAUACCUGUAUUAAACUGUUGGUCAUUAACAGAUGUAUUGAUUGAGAAAUACAAAUAUAAUCCUAAGGAUGCAAAGGAGUUGGGUACUAUUUAAUAUUGAUUUGUAGCUUCCUUUUUGCAACCGAUGCUUAAUCCUUAUCCAGAAAGAAGAGCAACUGCAGCACAGUCAUUACAACAUUCUUGGUUGAGAAGUGAGUCUGAUGGAGUAAAGAUGAACGAAGAGGAAUUGAGAGAAUACAAAAUCUAGAGAGGUUAGGUCGAAUUCAAGAAAGUAUUCUAAUUAUCAUAACUCAUAGACUCCUGAGAGUGAAGAUGAAGAUGCCGAUAGAAGUGAAACACCUGAAUUGAUUUUACCGUUGCCCUCUAGACAUAGAUAUAAGAUAGAACCAAGGUGUGUGAAUCGAAAUGAAAUAGAUAGAUCUUUUACAGAUUUAGGAUAUAUUGGAUUUGGAGAUGGUAUCGAAAUUGAUAUGUUGGAUUCAACAGGCAAUUGGCAAUUCAUUAACUGAU